GUGGGCUGGCUGAAGAUGGAAUCCACUGAGGAAGGAAGACCUAGGUCUUCAGCACUGCAUGUGCCAGCCCAGAAGCAGCACUGUGAAAGCCUCUACAAUGUCUCCUGCAGACCCCUAAAAAUCAAGGAGGCUUGGAUUUGGACAUUCUUAGUAGGAAAGAUUAAAGGCUGAUGGGAUUAUAAAGAGAUGAUGCCAGGUGGUUAAUAAAUCCUAUAGUCCAACUUGAUUCCUAGAAAGAAGCUGGAUUCAUUUGAUACCAGAGGAUUCUUUUCAGCAUCUGGAGACCUUAUUAUCUAUUAUGUCUUUGUGUGAAGACAUGCUGCUUUGUAAUUAUCGCAAGUGUCGCAUCAAACUCUCUGGUUAUGCAUGGGUCACUGCCUGCUCUCAUAUAUUCUGUGAUCAGCAUGGCAGUGGAGAGUUUAGUCGUUCACCAGCUGUCUGCCCUGCCUGUAACAGUACUCUUUCUGGAAAGCUAGAUAUUGUCCGUACAGAACUCAGUCCCUCAGAGGAAUAUAAAGCCAUGGUAUUGGCGGGACUUCGACCAGAGAUUGUGUUGGACAUUAGCUCCCGAGCACUGGCCUUCUGGACUUAUCAGGUACACCAAGAACAUCUCUAUCAAGAAUACAAUUUCAGCAAGGCUGAGGGCCAUCUGAAACAGAUGGAGAAGAUAUAUACUCAGCAAAUACAGAGCAAGGAUGUAGAACUGACCUCUAUGAAAGGGGAGGUCACCUAUAUGAAGAAAGUGCUGGAAGAAUACAAGAAAAAGUUCAGUGACAUCUCUGAGAAACUUAUGGAGAGAAAUCACCAGUAUCAAAAGCUCCAAGGCCUCUAUGAUAGCCUUAGGCUACGAAAUCUCACUAUUGCUAACCAAGAUGGUACCCUUGAACCAUCUAUGAUUGCACAGUCUGGUGUUUUUGGCUUCUCAUUAGAGAACAACUCCAAAUUUCCUUUGGACAGUACACCAGUUCGAAAUCAGGGUGGUGGAGAUGAAGAUUUUCAGUUCAGACCAUUUUUUGUGGGUUCUCCCACAGCACCUGAACCCACCAACAACUUUUUUAGUUUUGCUUACCCAAGUAAUGAAUUAGAGCAACAGCAAGUCUCUAGCAGGGCCUUUAAAGUAAAAAGAAUUUAG